AGUUGACCCUAAAAUCAAAACAUUAUCAUUUAUUAAAAAAAAAUAAUUUAAAUUUGAUGUGUUAAAUUUGAAUAUUUUCCUCUAAAAUUGGUUUCAACCGAUCCGAGUAUUUUAUUCGAUUCGACGUUGAUCGCAUAUUCGAUUCGCAAAGUAAUCGUUAAAUAUUAUUCGCUGACCGCCAACCGUUUACUGUUGCCCUGUUGUAUCGUAUGUCAAAAUGGGCGGAUCGGCGAGCACAACCAGCAGAACAUUGGAAAUCGAAAAUCCCAACGUAGUCAACAUAUCGGAAAAAGUCGUCGACAGACUUCGAGGACAAGCGCAAGGCGUGAACGCGGAGGCUAUCGGUGUGCCGACUUAUCAAAUCCAACCUUCAACCUUACAAAUACAGAAGUCGGUCCAAGAAGCGUUAGAAGAAAAUGAUAAAAGAUGGGAGCAACGUUUUCGUCAUGUACACCAAGAACAAAACGCGCUUAGCCGCAAGAUAGAAAACGAAUACAAGCGGGCGUACAUUUCGGUAAAAGAAUUGUUGCCCGAAAUCGGAGACGGAGUGCUAAGCCAAGGGGUACAGAAAAAGGAACAAGAUUUACUGGAAUGCUUGGCUAAAAAUAAAGGCUCGCCGUUGAACUGCAACGAUACCGUUAAAGAAUAUCAAAAGACACUUUUUCAAACUUCGAGUAAUCAAACAUUGUGAAAAGCAUGUGAUUGCGUCUAGCCUUAAUAGAAAUAACAAGAAACGCUAUGUGUACAUUUGAAUUAUAUAAUAUCUCGAAAAAAUAUUUAAUUAGUAUUACUUUGUUGGUUCAAUAAAAUGUUACUACUUUGUUAUGUA